GAUUCAAAAACAGAUGAGUCAUCUUCCUCUUCCCCCUUUUACUCUCCGUUGUGAACCCUAGCCACCGUCAAAGCAAUUAUAUGGACUGUAGAAAGUAUUAAAGUUAGGAAAACAAUUACCUACCGAUGACGUCGAACAGGCUAAUCUGAACAGGCUAACCGAUGACGUCGCUACCGUACGCCGAUGCCGAUUGUAGCCUAAGUGCUUUGGCUGGCCGUGCCGAGGGUUUCGGUCGCUUCUCCGUCGGUGGUCUCCACGGCGAUCUCUACGUUGUCACCUCCCUUGCAGAUGAUGGACCUGGGACUCUUCGUGAAGGAGGUAGGAGUAAAGAGCCAUUGUGGAUUGUUUUUGCUGUUUCUGGAGCUAUAAAUCUCAAUUCAUACUUGAGUGUAUCUUCUUACAAGACGAUUGAUGGACGAGGACAGCGAAUUAAGCUUACGGGGAAAGGAAUAAGAUUGAAGGAAUGUGAACAUAUCAUCAUUUGCAAUUUGGAGUUUGAAGGUGGUAGAGGUCAUGAUGUUGAUGAUAUUUGGAUUAGCUGCUUAUGCAAUUUUGUCUCACUGGCUAUCCACGAUGGAUGGUAUGAAGAAGCGUGCAUCGUGUUGUUAAUUGUCCUUGACAUCAUUGUGAGAGCUAGCACCGAAUACAUGCAGUCAUGUCACCUUGAAAAGUUGACUGUGGAGAAGAGAAACGUACACCUAUAUAGAUGGAAGAAGCGUCUGGGUUUUGAUAUUGUAACCCUCAAGAACGGUAGUCAGGUACCUGCAGAUGGUGUCCUGUUUCAUGCUAAGUAAUUGAAAAUUGAUGAGCAAGAAAUAACUGGCCCACAUGACAUUGUAUGAUGUACCCCUGUUGAUGAGCUAUAUCAUUAUCUCUCCUGUUUUUCUAAUCUAUCUUUACUAUGAGCAGGUUCAAAAAGAUCUUCAAAUUGACCCAUUCGUAUUAUCUGGUUCAAAACUAAUAGAGGGCAUAGGUACAAUGCUGGUAAGCUCUUGAGCUACGUCUCUUAAUUUCUUGUUUAUGUUUGAUACAUAUAUAUCAUAAGUAUUAUAGCUCCUUUUAGUAAAGAUGAGGUCUAUGU